GCGACCACAUAAUUCCCAUAAAUGGUUGUCAAUUAAUUUCCUCAAAUCAAAUCUUCGUCUCGAUGAUUUUCCUUUACUCUGGACUGGAUUCAGCUAUAAAAGCUUGUUAGCUUCGGCUUCCAGCAGGAGGAAACCCUAUAUAAGAGCAUGUUGGCGCAACUUGUUGCUUCUUCUGGAUAGCUAUUUGGCUUCAGUGAUCCACCCGGGUGUGUAGUGUCGUCUUUCAUUGGCCGCUGGCUGGACUGAGAGAUACCAUGAACAGUGAGGAGUUUAGAAUAAAAGGCAAAGAGCUAAUUGACUACAUAGCAGACUACCUGGAAAACAUUAGAGAUCGCCGGGUAUUUCCCGAUAAAAAGCCUGGAUUUAUAAGAGGUUCAAUUCCUGAUGCAGCUCCCAUUAAAGGAGAGUCCUGGGAAACGAUUUUCCGGGAUGUGGAGAAAGUAAUUAUGCCAGGGGUCACUCAUUGGCAAAGUCCACAUAUGCACGCCUACUUUCCAGCUCUAAACAGCUAUCCAUCGAUGCUGGGAGAGAUGCUGAGCAAUGCGAUUAAUUGUCUGGGCUUUACUUGGGCUUCAAGUCCUGUUUGCACCGAACUGGAAAUGGUGGUAAUGAAUUGGCUGGGGAAAAUGGUCGGUCUUCCUGAAGAGUUCCUUCAUAGAAAAGGUGGAGAUGGGGGCGGAGUGAUUCAGACCACUGCCAGCGAAUGCACCUUAAUAAGCCUAUUAGCUGGCCGAUUUAUAGCGAUAAAGAUGUUCGAAAGUCUUUACCCCGAUGCUUCCAAGCAUGAAAUCAACGGGAAACUCGUGGCUUAUUGCUCAGAUCAAGCCCAUUCCAGUGUGGAAAAGGCUGCGCUCAUUGGCCUAGUCACUCUGAGGUACAUAGAAUGUGAUGAGGAUUUUUCAAUGCGAGGUGAUAAACUGUUGAAGGCAGUCAAACAGGACAGAGAUCAGGGUCUGAUCCCGUUUUGGGUUUGCGCUACUUUGGGUACAACUGGAUCGUGCGCCUUUGAUAAACUGGCCGAGAUUUCAGAAGUUUGCUACAACGAACUACUUUGGUGCCAUGUAGAUGCUGCUUAUGCAGGCUCAGCCUUUAUAUGCCCAGAAUAUCGAGUCUGGCUAAAAGGGAUCGAAAAAGCCAAUUCCAUAGCAUUCAACCCUUCCAAGUGGCUGAUGGUUCACUUCGAUUGCACCGCCAUGUGGGUUAAAAACAGCAGCGCUCUUCAUGGGGCUUUUAACGUAAACCCCCUGUACCUCACCCACGAAUAUUCAGGUCUGGCCAUUGACUACAUGCACUGGCAAAUUCCUCUAAGCAAACGAUUCAGAUCCUUGAAGCUUUGGUUUGUGAUCCGCAAUUAUGGAAUUACCGGACUGCAGGAGCACAUCCGGAAAGGCGUUUUUUUAGCAGAAAAAUUUGAGUCGUUUGUCAGGAACGAUCCCCGGUUCGAAAUUCCUGCUAAACGCUAUCUGGGAUUGGUGGUGUUUCGAUUGGUUGGGGAUAAUUUUAUCACGGAAACUUUAUGCAAAAGGCUAAAUUCGCGAGGGAACAUCCACUGUGUUCCUGCCAACCUGAAAGGCAAAUACGUUAUUCGGUUCACCGUAACAUCGCCGAGAACCACUUUGGAAGACAUUGUGGUCGAUUGGAAGGAAAUUGUAACAGUGGCCAACGAAAUACUGCAGGAGCGCGAGAAAUAUCUUACAAGAGCUAAGGUGCCUCUGGGAGAGACCAGGGACAGAAAUGAAAACUUCGGCUCCAGCUUGCUUUUAUCCAAUGUUCCAAUGUCGCCGAAAAUAGUGAAUGCUUCAUUCGCGGCAAUUUACGAUCAAAGCGAUGUCUUGGAACAGUUCACGAAAACUAUCAAGUUGCGAAAAGAUGCGCAAGAUAGUCCAGCAAUGCGGCGAAGAAUUAAGGGCAUUCUAAUGUCUGGCAAGCAGUUUUCCUUGGAUUCGCGCCUGGACCUUUUCCAUGGAAUCGAUAUUUCACCAACGCUAAAAGCGGAACACUGCAGCUUGCCCGUAGUGGAGGAUUCGCUUGAACCUGAGGAGAAAAGCAGUAGCAUUUCUGAUAAUGAUGUAACCAGUGGAUCUCAGUCGUCGUUAAAAGACAAUCUUGAUGUGCCUCCAGUUCGCCAUCACCGAUCCAAAUCGGUGGAUCAUCAAACAAAUUUAACUAUCGACGAUUUGGCGGUUAGAAAAGAGAUUUGCAAUCGAUGUGGCCAUAAGGUGGACAAGGCCAUCUGCUUUGGAGCCAGCAAAUCAAACUAGAAGCGCUUUCUUCAUUCUUCCAUUAACUUGCAGGCUUUUUAGUUCUUGUUCCUGAACUUAUUCAUAUUAUUCGUAGUGAUCUCUGUCUGUAUAUGCGUGUGUAUUCAAUAAAUCUCGGCAAACAAAAA